CGGCACAGUGAUGACCCGGGAGGAUGGAGAAGUUGUCGGCGAGCCUGUCGGAGAUCUCCUGGAGCCCGCUCGCGCUGCCGUUGGACGCAGUGGUCAGCAAGUUCCGUCUGCCCACGCUGGUCCGCCUGGCCCACGGUGAAUGCGUUGAGGGUCUGUCAGAGGACGAUGUGGUUCUGCUCCACUCCUGUCGUCAGUGGACCACAGUGACAGCUCAUAGCUUAGAAGAAGGCCAUUACGUCAUCGGGCCCAAGAUUGACAUCCCUCUACAAUACCAAGGAAAGUUCAAAUUGUUGGAUGAAGACAGAGACAUCAGGGAUCCCGUCCAGUAUUUCUCCAGUGUGGAGGAGGUUGCUGGAGUGUUCCCCGAUCGAGUCUUUGUCAUGGAAACAAUCACUUUCAGCGUCAAGGUGGUUUCAGGGGAGUUCAGUGAGGACAGUGAGCCAUACAGCUUCACUCUGCAGGCUGGAGAUGAGCUGUCACUCAUGGGGAAGGCCGAGCUUCUGUGUGCCACGCCUACCAAGGAAAAGACGGGACUGAGUGCACUGCUCAGGCGCCUGGGAAAGACUCCCCGAAGUAAAACUCCCUGCCUAGUGUGUAUGAACCACCGCACCAAUCAGAGCAUCAGUUUGCCCUUUGCCUGCCGUGGACGCUUUUGCACUCGCUCCCCUUUGGAGCAAGGCAUGCUGGGAGGAGAGCAUACAGUACGCACCAUCAUCGAGAGGGUCCGACUCCCUGUCAACGUGUCCGUCCCGUCACGCCCACCACGAAACCUCUAUGACCGCCACGCGGUCCGGGAAGGUCACCGCUUCAAGCUGCUCAAUAUCGUCAGCAAGACAGUAGUACUUUGUAUGGUACUUCGCCGACAGGAAGUGUCGCCCUCCCACUUCCUGCUGCUCCGCUGCAUGCCCCGUUUCAACGUGGCUGAUGCCUCCGUACACACAGCAUCCCUGGAGAGCCUGCUUUUGCGCUACGCGUUCGACCCUGACGCCUACUCUCGAGCUGUGAGGGAAACUCGUCCAGAGUUGGAGUGUAUGACGGAGGAGUGUGUGAGCCCGCGACGGUCACGCAUGUGUGUGUCAGCGCAGGAUUCGUUGGCACCGGCCCUGCAACAGCUGUCAAUGUGCAGCUACGGGGGCGGGGUCCCGGACAGCCUAUCACAGCGUUGCAGGGAUUCUGUAGGGGUCCAGCUGGGAGAGGGACCAGGUGAGGAAAGGGAGUACAUGACUCCUGAAUGGACCGAGAGUGAACUGAGGACCGCUGAGGAGAUACCUUAUGAGGAACUUUGGACCAAUCAGAGUGCGGACAGCUUGGGAAAGGAACCAAACCUCAUUUCCUUCCAUUCAUCCUCAUCACUGGACGGGUCCCUGGGUACCGUGGUGACAACAAUGGCUGCUCCGCCGCCGGUACCUCCAAAAUCAGAUGCUGUGAGAGAGGAGUGUCGCUAUUUGAUUGCCCCUCCAGUUCCUCCUCGUGGCUCGAAACUGGGCUCCAUCUCCAGUCCAGUCCCCAGCCCUCCUGUCCCCCCUCGCUUCGCCAAGGCCUCCACCUCCCCCAGACCUAAUAUUUCCUUUUACUCCUCAGGCCUGCAGGACAGCUGCUCACACUCUCCAGAUGCUUCCCUCUACUGUUACCCGUGCUCCUGGGCCGACUGUCCCGCCCCCAAACCAACCAAUCCCGAGCCAGUCUCAACCAUCCCGGUCGACAUUGCAGCCAACCCUCAGACGGCCCAAGCCACCUGGGCCGAGCCGUGGGCGGACUCCUUCACCGCUGGGCCUCGACUGAGACCGCCGCCCCCACAAAGUCGCUUUGCACCCUUUGGUGCUUUGAACCCUUUCAACCGCCAAUCCCCUUGCCCGUCACCGGAGCUCGUGGACAGUCUAGAAUACUCUAGAGGGGCAGAGGGAGGCGGGAUGACCACAGAGGUGAUUGAAGGCUCAGCCGCACCCGCUGACCCGACCUGGCGUCCUCCCGCUGACUUGUCUGCUUUGUCGCUGGAGGAGGUAUCAGCUUGUCUCCGCUUCAUUGGCCUUUCGGAGGCUGCGGUGUCAGUAUUCCAGAGGGAGCGAAUCGAUGGCAGCCUCUUGGUUCAGCUGACCGAAGACAUCCUGUCACAUGACUUUCACCUGAGCCGACUCCAUGUGACCAAGAUAACGCAGUUCAUACAAGGAUGGAGGCCAAAAAUCUAACACACAAACGAGAAAAUUCCCUAGCAACCAAUCCAUGCCACUGUGACUGUUACUCCAGUGGAAGGUUCCAACAUGUGGUACAUCAGUUUGAGAGCCUUAAUAAGUUUUCACAAUAAAAACAUACAAAUUGCAUAUCAAGAAGAACCAAACUCUAGCACUAAGUGUAACUGAAGCAGGGUGAGAAUGUGCCUUCUUAGCCAUCCUAAAUGUGCCUUCCACUGUAACCAAGUGAGACUCGAAUGAACCUGCUCUCACCAACUGUUUCUGACACAUCACUGCCUGUCAUAUCCAAAAUUAUUUCCUACUGCAUCCCAGACUGGGGCAGGAUUACUAACAAUUGCUAUGACAUACUAAAUAUAUUGUGUCUUUGGCACAGCUUCAGUUAAAUACUCUCACCGACACAAAAUGGUCCAUGCUGAGGUGCCUUUAGCACAAAAAAAUGCUGGCAUUGCAUAAAAAAUAUUUAACAUCCUACAUGAUAUAUUGGAUCCUUCCAUUUACAACACUGGUAACAAAUGAACUAUCCUGACCACAGCGGAGAAUUAUGAUUCCCUGUAAGUGGCCAAAAGUAAUAUUGCAGCCUCUUUUUCAGGUAAUUAGGAACCUCCCAAACAACUCUUAAAGAGGUUUUGAGGCAUGUAACUGUCUGCUGAAAGAUAAUUAGAGGCCAUCUGCAAUCCAUGAAUCAAUACAUUUGUAACAUUCUUGUUUGUAACAGGAGGCAAUGGCUUUUAUUAGCAUUUUUUUUUUAUCUUCCCUCUUUGGAUAACACAAACUGUUGUUCUGUUUAGUCCUGUGAGUGAAUUUUGGCACUCAAAAGUAUAGUUUCUAAAAUGUACCUCAUUUAGCCAUGCAUAAAUACUGUAAUAAAUUAAAUCGUGCUUGGUUAUACGAUACAUUCAAGUUGUGGUUGCAUUUC